AACCAACUUCACACUUAUUACUUGGAAAAACAUCUGAUUAAAUCACGUCACUUUUACAUUUCACCGAUUUGAGGUUAGGAUUAAAGCAUGUUAACCUUUCACUUUUAAACCGUGGCAUUUACAAUUAGAAAGUAAAUGAAACUCCGUUGUUUAUUGUCGAAACUUAGCAAAAACAGCCGCUUAAUCCAACAUAAGUGUCACAUUACCUCAAAUCAAUUUAAUUUACGAUCUUUCUCUCUAACAUCUGUUAUAUUUAACAAGUGGGGUACCAAGAAGAAGGCAAGAAAUAUACAAUUAAAGUAUUCGUAUUUGGAAAAUAUGGCUGAUCCUAAAAUUGAAGAAAUUUUAGCCCCUUUAAGAGCUAGUGUUAAAGAACAGGGAGAUUAUGUGAGGAAAUUAAAAUCGGAAGGAGCACCAGUAUUAGAUGUAAAAAAAGCCGUCGUUGAAUUAAACUUACGUAAAAAAGCUUUAGAAGAUAAAGAAUUAAGCUUAAUGCCUGUUACCGCAACUUUUGAUAGAGCAAAAAUGGAAGAUUUAUUAAAACGGAGAUUCUUUUUUGACCAAUCUUUCGCUAUUUACGGUGGAAUAACUGGACAAUUUGAUUUUGGUCCGAUGGGAUGUGCCUUUAAAGCGAAUUUAUUACAAGCUUGGAGACAAUUUUUUGUUCUUGAGGAGCAAAUGCUUGAAGUUGAUUGUUCUGUUUUAACUCCAGAACCUGUUUUAAAAGCUUCCGGACACGUCGAUCGCUUUGCGGAUCUUAUGACAAAAGAUGUCGGUACAGGAGAAUGUUUUAGAUUAGAUCAUUUUAUAAAAGCCCACUUAGAAAAGAUCUCGUCCGAAAAAAAUGCAACGGAAGAUCUUAAAGCCGAGUGCAAAGACAUCGUUGUUAAGUUGGAUGGAAUGACCAAAGACGAAAUGGCGGGGUUGAUGAAAAAAUUUAACAUGAAAAGCCCUUUAACAGGAAAUGAACUCUCAGAACCGAUCGAAUUUAAUUUAAUGUUUGGGACUCAAAUCGGACCUUCAGGUCUUAUUAAAGGUUUUUUACGACCCGAAACAGCCCAAGGAAUUUUCGUUAAUUUCAAAAGAUUAUUAGAAUUUAAUCAAGGAAAGUUACCAUUUGCUGCCGCCCAAAUCGGUAACGCUUUCCGCAAUGAAAUUUCACCAAGAUCUGGAUUAAUCCGGGUCCGAGAAUUCACAAUGGCCGAAAUUGAACAUUUUUGUGAUCCGAACGAUAAAAAACAUCCCAAAUUCGAAGACAUCAAAGACACCGAAUUAUUAUUAUACUCGGCUUGUAAUCAAAUGGAUGGAAAAGGGGCCGAAAAGAAAACCAUCGGCGAAGCCGUCGAAACUAAAUUAGUUGCAAAUGAAACUUUGGGUUACUUCAUGGCUAGAAUUCAAUUAUUUUUAGUUAAAGUUGGUGUUGAUGCAAUAAAAUUAAGAUUUAGACAACACAUGUCUAACGAGAUGGCUCAUUACGCUUGCGAUUGUUGGGAUGCUGAGUGUUUAACAAGUUAUGGUUGGGUUGAAUGUGUGGGUUGCGCUGAUCGGUCAGCUUACGAUUUAACCCAACACACCAAAGCAACAGGAAUUCGAUUAGCUGCUGAGAAAAAAUUAAAAGAACCACGUGUCGUGAAUGUAAUAGAAGCCGUUCCGAAUAAACCCGUAAUUGGAAAGGCCUUUAAAAAAGAGGCUAAAUUAGUUUGUGAGGGUUUACAAGCUCUAGAUAAAGAUAAAGUCGAAGAACUUGAGGAAAAAAUUCAAGACGGGACUUACGAAAUAUUAGUAAAUGAAAAAACUUACAGUUUAACUAAAGAAAUGGUUGAAAUUAAACGAUAUGAAAAAACCGAACAUGUUGAAGAAGUUAUUCCAAGUGUUAUUGAGCCAUCGUUUGGCGUCGGAAGAGUUAUGUAUGCGAUUUUUGAGCAUAAUUUUAAAAUGCGUGAAAAUGAUGAACAAAGAACUUAUAUUUCCUUACCGGCUGUUAUUGCUCCAAUUAAAUGUAGUGUCUUACCAUUAAGUUCCAACGUUGAAUUUAAAACAUUUAUCAAAAAAUUAUCAUCUAUGUUAACAAAACUUGAUGUUUCUCAUAAAGUUGAUGAUAGCUCAGGUUCAAUUGGGCGAAGAUACGCUCGAACUGAUGAAAUCGCAAUUCCUUAUGGUAUCACCAUUGAUUUUGAUACAUUAAAAGAACCACAUAGCGCUACGUUAAGAGAAAGAGAUUCUAUGUCGCAAGUUAGAAUUCCCUUGGAUGAUAUAGCGCAAGUUGUUCAUGAUUUAUCGUAUAGUAAAAGAACAUGGAAUGAAAUCGAAGAGGUUUAUCCCAAAUUUGAGCAACAGGAAAGCAAGGGCAAUUAAAUGUGAAAUAAAUACACCGUCUAGAAUUAUCUAGAUCGCUUUUGCAUUUUUUUAUAGACAUUUAAAGAGUUUUUUUUGUUAAAAAGAAUUGCUUUAACAAUAAUUUUGU